AUGCCGCUUCUAGGAGAAGCCCCAAUAACGCUUUACAUGGAAAAGAAACCGAAAGCGAAUGGUGACUCUGGCAACAUCAGCAGCAAACCGCCUCUAAAGAAGCGAAAAAUUGAAACAUCGGGACAUAAUAAAGAUAUGAUGCGCGAGCACAAGACUUCUGUUUCUCGAACAAAACCAACCAUCCUUACUUUCUUUGGCUCAUCGAAAGCAGCUAGUGACGACGAUACCGCGUCAGGCUCACAGACGCCAGGCCAUAUAACUCCUAAGAUAUUACGAAAGCGAACGAAGGGGGUUGAGAGCAGCCACAUACAGCUCCGAACUCCUCCACUGACAAACGAGGGAUCUUCACAGCAAUAUAGGUUGACUUCUCUUCCCUCGGAUAGGCCGGAAUUAUCAUGUAUCAAUGGCUCUAAGAAAUCAACAAGAAGCCGUUCUACACUCUAUUCUUCACCAACCACUAUGCCACGUCAAACUUUGGAUCCUUGCAGUCGAAACUUCCUAUAUACUCAAGAAACCGAGUGCAAACGAACAAUCGACCAGUCUACAUUCUCCCUUUCUAUUCUAGACCCAUUAAACGAGGAAGUGCCCUCAUCCCAAACACAACCAUUGGCAAUAAAAAUCGCCAACUCUCCCUCCAAGGAAAACCCUGCACCACAAGAAAGAGAGGAGCAUUCAUUUACCCCAGCAGACGAUGUUGAUUUUCUAGUCGAAUCUUCUCAAAGUCAACCCCCCCUUUCUGUCUCAGAAGAACGCGGAGAAAAUCUAGUUGACACAUCAAAGGAUGGCCAUGGUCAUGCAAAAGAUUCUGCUUCUUAUGAAUGCAUACCUAGCUCUCAGAGUCAAGAAAUAGAACUCAGUAUACCGGACAUGACAUGCAAUCAGAAUGACUUUACAUUGGAACGUACGAAGCCCUUGUCUCAUGCACUUUUUCUAAAAAAGUCUGCAGGCAGGAUUAACAGGUCCCUUUCGGAUGAAUUAUUCCCAGUCCCGAUACAAUACGGAGUGCUUGACCAAAAUUUUAAGUCCGAAAACUCGUCACUUUGUAUUGAGCAGGAGAGCCAUACGCUACAAUUUCGCCAGGGAGGUGCGGAAGUUUCUGGUACAGAAUCAGACUCUCAAUAUGAAGCAUUCGUGAAACAACUUCGAGAUAGGUCGAAAUCUACUAGGGAAUACGUCAAUAAAACCAUCACGGAAUCAAGCUCUCAAUGUGAAGAGCCUGUUCGACAUCAUCUUUCCUUCAUUCCUAAGCUAUAUACGACAUCAUCAGUUAAAUGCGACCAUCCCUCACACGACAGUCAGAUUCUCUGCCCUAUCAAGCACAAACCAAUACCUCUAUCUCAAGACUCUGGAUAUGAAGCAUCCCAAGGGGAAGAUUUCAAUGACGGGUACCGUCUUGCGGAUUCCGUAACGCAACCAGUCGAUGCGAGUCAAGAAAACUCGCUCCAAUCAUCGCCAGUUGAUCUUCUGGCAUUCUUUGGAAACACUCAGGACAGUUAUCCCCCGGAUUUUCCAAUGUCCCUACGAUAA